AAGCCACCAAUGUCCCCCGAACAAGCCGUCAUAGUGAUCGGCUCCGGCCUCGCCGGCCUCUGCGCGACCACGCAGCUGAUUGCGCACCGCAUCCCCGUCGUCAUGCUGGAGCGCGCCGCCAAACCCGGGGGCAACAGCAUCAAGGCCUCGUCCGGCAUCAACGGCGCGCCCACGCGCUUCCAGCCCCCACUCCAAAACGACGCCGCGGACAUCUUCCUCGCCGACACGCGCCGCUCCGCCGGCCGCCCGCUCGCCACCUCCGUCGACGCGGAGCGCGCCCGGCGCGAGACACUCAUCACCACGCUGGUCACCUCCUCGGCGGAGGCGGUCGACUGGCUCGCCGACGAGCAGGGCGUCGAUCUGAGCACCGUGGCGCAGUUGGGCGGCCACAGUCGCGCGCGCACGCACCGCGGCGGCGCCGGCCAGAAGCCGCCUGGGUUUGCGAUCGUGAGUGCGCUGUUGGAGUCGUUGGAUCGGGAGCCACUGUUUCAGUUGCGGACGGAGGCAAGGGUCACGAGGGUGGUUAAAGUGAAAGAAGGCCAGGAGGAGGGGAAAGAAGGGAUGCUGGGGGUGGAGGUCGCGGGGCAGGAGGGGGAUAACAGGACUGAGACGUUGUAUGGGCCGUUGGUGUUCGCCACGGGCGGCUUUGCCGGUGAUACGCAUGGGUUGUUGGAGAAGUACCGGCCGGAUCUAGCGGGGAUCCCGUCGACGAAUGACGCGCGCGAAGGCACGCAGCCGCUGCUGGAGGCGGUGGGGGCUGCGGUCGUCGAUAUGGAGCAGGUUCAGGUGCAUCCGACGGGGUUCGUGGAUGCGAAGGAUCGCUCGGCCCGGGUGAAGUUUCUCGCUGCCGAGGCGCUGCGAGGUGAGGGGGGUAUAUUGCUGGAUGGUCAGGGGAAGCGCUUUGUCGAUGAAUUGACGACGCGCGAGCAAGUCACCGCCGCGGUCAUGGCGAGCGCGAGUCCGCUGGAGGGGACCGGUCUGCGCCAGUGGGAUGUCACGCUGCUGAUGGACGAAGGGGCGGCGGCGGCGUCGAAGACGCAUCUCGAUUUUUACCUGUGGAAGGGGCUGAUGCGGAAGACCACGGUCGGCGAGUUGGCGCUUGCGCUCCCUUCCAUCCGCGACACGCUCCAGGGCUAUGCCGAUGUGGUGUCGGGGAAGACGCCGGACGUGUUCGGGCGGACCGCGUUUGGGAAUUGGACCUUGAAGGACAUGAGUUCCGAUUCGGUGGUCUACGUGGGCAAUGUCACGCCUGUUGUUCACUUCACCAUGGGUGGAGUCGUGAUCAACGAGCAGAGCCAGGUGCUGGACAAGGACGGUGCUCCUAUCCAAGGCCUCUGGGCUGCAGGCGAGAUCACGGGCGGACUUCACGGCCAGAAUCGUCUAGGAGGUUCUUCCCUCCUAGAGUGUGUCGUCUUCGGCAGGAUAGCCGGUGAGAAUGCUGCUGCCUUCCAUCAAGAACACUAGUAUGAGUACGGAGUAGGCAAGUAGAGUUCUCAUCUCAUGAUUAAUGUUUCUGUGGGGGUUGUUUUUCAUGAUAGCGGCGCUCGGACGUGUCUGAUUCUGCGCAAAUAUUGUCAAUAUUGUGUAAUUGUGGAGAUCAUUCAUGAGCUAUCAGGUUUCUGUAAUGUCAUGAGCCUUGAUCAUUCUGUCUUACGAUCGUGAGGUGCACAAACUGAUACGAGGUUGAUGCAAAGAUUGGGUCAUCCUUGAUUCGGUCUCUCUCUUUUGUCGCAUGAGAUGACGGAGCGAACAAAAUUGCCUCAGAUCAAGGCACCGGGCAUGUAAUGAGACUCCUGCCAAUUUGCUGCUUAAGUACAUAGUAGAAACUAGAAAGCGCCAUGUAUAUCCAAUGGUAGGUUUGGGAAAUGCAAGAUGAUGCAGCUGCAUGUG